AUUGCUGUCCAAAAUGGCCAAAGCCUUGGGUCGGACUGAAGACGUAAAACGUUAUGGAGAUCUCCACCAGAAUAUUGCAAACGCUUUUGUAAAGGCUUUUGUCAAUACAACUGACGGUCGUAUGAAAAGCGACACUCAAACCGAUUAUGUGAUCGCAAUUGCAUUUGAAAUGUUGCCCAAAAAUCUUCAACCGUUGGCCGCAAAUCAUUUGGUGGACAAUAUUAAAGCACAUGACUAUCAUCUGACCACUGGUUUUAUAGGUGUCGGCCAUCUGUGCCCGACUCUGAGCCAAUUUGGUCACUCGGAUGUGGCGUAUCGUCUACUACUGCAGGACACGUACCCCUCGUGGGGCUAUAGUAUUAAAUAUAACGCCACCACUAUAUGGGAGCGAUGGGACGGUUGGACCAAAGAGAAGGGCUUUCAAGACCCGGCCAUGAAUUCAUUCAAUCACUACUCUUUGGGAUCAGUCGGUCGAUGGCUCUACCAAUCGGUGGCCGGUAUUGACACCGACAACGAAGAGGUGGGAUUCAAACGGAUUAUAAUCGCACCGAAACCGGCCGCCGGUCUC